AUGUCGAAGGAGGUGCUUUGGGAGGUGGUCGGCGGCGCUGCCAGCGGUGGAAUCGUGGUCCGAAGUGGUGCAUCCCUGACGACACAGCAAGCCGAUCUUCGCUUGGCCAAUGGUGCCAUCGUGCGGCAGUUAGAGAAGUUGGCGCGAAAUUCAGGUCGACUUCGCUAUGAGCUGGUCCGUGGGACUGGGCCCAGCAGUGGAUGGGUGAGUCUCCGCCUGCAGGGAAAGGACUUGCUUACGAGGUACAGCGCGGUCCAGGAGAAUAGCAAGGAUGCAGGCACCGAGCAAGUGGCUGCUCCCCUCCAGAAAGAAGCUGUGGCGAGGGCACCGGCUUAUUCGAUAUCCCCGACGCAGCCCGUGCCAUGGGUGCCUCAAGGCGCCUGCAGCACAAGCUACAAGGGACAAUGUCCGACUGCACAGGAAGCCGCUUGGGAUGCAAUGUACGGCGUCAACUUGUCGCAGCAGCCCGUAUGGAAGUUCGAAGGUUGCCGGGGCGUGCCGAUUCCACGUUCGGUGCUUCCAACGAUAGCCCCUGUCCCUGCUGGGAAGAUGCUCAUCAACAUUGACUUUGUCAGCUGUACCAGCUGA